AUGCUCCCUUCCAAUAAUACUCAAUUCCAUCCCCCUUUUUUCAUCUUACUGGGAAUUCCAGGUCUGGAAAAUUUCCACAUCCUCAUUGGUUUUCCUUUUUGCGUUGUGUAUCUCAUUGCCCUCUUGGGAAAUAUCACCAUAUUGUUUAUGAUUCAGACUGAGAAAACACUUCACCAGCCAAUGUUCUACUUUUUGGCAAUGUUGGCCACUAUUGAUCAAGGCCUAUCUACAGCCACCAUUCCCAAAAUGCUGGGCAUCUUUUGGUUCAGAUUGAAGGAAAUCAGCUUUGGUGCAUGUCUCAUUCAGAUGUUUUUUAUACAUAUCUUCACUGUGAUGGAAUCAGCUGUACUAUCAUCUAUGGCCUAUGAUCGCUAUGUGGCAAUCUGUAAUCCCUUGCAUUAUAGCACGGUCCUCACUAACAGAGUGGUGACAAUGAUGGGCAUUGGAGUGCUGGUGAGGUCUUUCUUCACAGUGCUUCCCUUUGUGUUCCUUAUUCUUCGACUUCCUUUCUGUGGUAACCAUGUCAUUCCUCAUACCUAUUGUGAACACAUGGGCAUUGCUCGAUUGGCCUGUGCUAGCAUCAGAGUCAAUAUGGUCUAUGGUCUAUGUGCUAUUGGAACUCUAAUGUUAGACAUUGUAGCUAUUGCUGUGUCUUAUAUUCUGAUUCUCCAAGCUGUCUUUAACCUCCCCUCUCAGGAUGCUCGACUAAAAGCCCUGAGUACCUGUGGUUCCCAUGUGUGUGUUAUCUUAGCCUUUUAUACUCCAGCUUUAUUCUCUUUCAUGACCCACCGCUUUGGUAGGAAUGUCCCUCGUUAUAUCCAUAUCCUCUUGGCCAAUUUGUAUGUUGUUGUCCCACCCAUGCUUAAUCCUGUCAUUUAUGGAGUAAGGACAAAGCAGAUCAGGGAAAAGGUAUUAAAAAUGUUACUGAAGACAUAA